AAUAUUCCGUUUAAAAUCUGUAAAUUUAAUAAAUUUUCAAACAUAAAAUUAUAACUGCAUUAUAUGUAAGCCCAGAUGCAAGCAGUUGUUAUAAAGAUGGACAUUUAAAUUAUACGGGGAAGUGUCAAAAAUUAAUUGAAUUUGAAUAAGGCGCGCUUGGAGUAAUGUACUGCACAUGUGCCAUGCUGAUGAAUACUUCGUUUACGCGGCAUUAGUCGAGUAGCGGUUGCAAACGUGCGUGUUGAUUAUGUGUGGUUGAUCUUAUGUAUUCUUAUUUUGACUUAAUUUUACGAAGUUGUUGUAAAUGUUCAUUAUUAAAUAUUUAUUUGUUAUAAUCGAAUUCAAAACUUAACAAAUACAUUCAACCUAAGAAAUACCAUUAAGCUAUUCGUUUGAGGUUACAAUAUUUUGGUGUUGUUGUCCCACAGAGAAUAGCCUGCUUUCAUCUUAAAUUUUUAAUAGAAUGGGUUAAGAGUAUUUAUUAGGUUUUGUAUGAAUAAAAUUGUAAUUAGUAAAUGUUAUGUAAGGGAUAUUUUACAAUAAUGUAAUAAAAUAGAACCAAAAGUAGUAAAAUGUAAUCAAUGCGCAUGCGCUGCACCAUACUAGUUUUUCGGUUGGUACUUGCUCCAGUAGGAUGAGAAGCGUGCGUUGUGUGUAGUUUUCGGUUUGAACUGGUAGUAGUGGCUUUUCCAGGAGUUUUCCUUUAAUAAAAUCUAAAUAAAACGCGACUACCUUGUGUUUUAAUAACGCGGACGGGAUAAAGAUGAACAUAACGCGCAGACAAACUUUCGAAGCGAAGUGUAUAGUUCUUCCGUUAAGUGAUACUAGAAUACGGUUCAUUUUUUCCAAGAUGGAGUCAUCUUGCACGCGGGAAGAGGUUGCCAAGGUUUUACUACACUAUGUAAGUCCAUAUAAUUAUUGUUUCUGUUUGUGUCGUUUCUGAUAAAUAAUUAUAGGUUCGGGUUUAUGGUAUUGUUAGCUGUUUCGUACCUGUAAUAAGUUAUUUGAACCGUAUUUACUACGUUUACUAGGCACAUUUGGGACGAGCUGUUUUUCUAAAAAAAAAACAUUGGCGUAACUUACACUGUUAUAGGGUAGAUGAUAUUAUGCACAUGUGACAUGGACGUGCAAUAUUCUGGCGAUUCAGAAAUAUCUUGCGCAUUUCUCAUAUGAAUAAUUUGAUAGGUUGUGAAUUUAAAACUUUAUGGUGCUGCACACGUAUAGUAAAUAGGAGAUGAAGACAUUUCCCGUAUUAUAAUAGGAAUUGAAUGCCUAAAUGUUGUUAUGAUAAAUGGGUAAGUUCGGGGUAAAUAUGUAAGAUUAUAUUUCGGAGGCAGCAUUGUUUUUUUGGGAAUCCAAUUUUUACUAAAACCCAUUAAAGGCAGGGUAGUAAGCUGUGAUAUAUUUUGUUCCACAAGUGUCAUAAGUGAUUGUACAAAAAAUUCUUCAAACGCCAAAAUGAUUCAUUUAUGUGCUCUGUCUUCGGAGCCGAUGUUGAAUGUUUUAAACAAACAACGUAACUCGUCCAAGUUACGGUUCUGGAUGUUGGAAAAGUGUAUGGUCUGGGACAUGCAUCCCCAUUCAAGGCAAUAUUUCCGGAGCGAAAGCGCAAUAAGAUACGAAAUGGAACGACAUUUUCAACUGUACGAUAAAGUGAUCCAUCCGUUCAGCCGCUUCGCUAUGUUUUGGGAGUCAGUAAUGGUAUUUGCAAUUUGUGUGAAUCUUGUGCUUCAGCCCUUGUGUUCAGCAUUUGAAUUCGACGUCGUCUCUUCAACGUUGCUCAUUCCUUACGUCUUAAUGGUGAUUAAUGUCAUUUUUACAACUGAUUUAAUAAUAAAUUUCAAUAAGGGUUAUGGGGACGAUUUUACUCGUACGGUUACUCUCGACAGAUCCUUAAUAGCCAAAAGGUAUUUGCGUGGGAUGUUUCUGAUUGAUCUCGUUUCUUCCGUUCCUUGGGAUCUGAUGGCGCACACACUAUUUCCCGAUACGCAACAAGGGAGGAACGUUAUGUUGACUAUGCAUCUGAUAGCGUUGAUUUCGUUACUGCGAAUCGGUACUUUGAUGACAUACCUGAAGACCAUUUUGGACAUGUGGUUUUUCUCUGGGAAUUUACAAAUGCUAAUCAGACACAGUAUCGGGGUUAUAUUUUUGCUGCAUUGGACGGCCAAUCUUCAUUACUUGGUACCGAAUAUUCAGAGACAUUUCAAUGGAGGUUGGUUUCCUGAAUCAUGGACAACAACAUGGCAGGUGAUUUAUUUGAAGUCCAAGGUGGACAGAUACAUCCACAGUUUAUUCAGAGCGACAUGCCAGUUAAGUGCUACUGACCAUGGUCUCUUCCCCAUCGAGUCCUUAGCAGAUAUGCUGGUCACAACUUGCACGUACAUUGUGGGCUACAUUUAUAUCACCUUUGUUACCGUGAUGGCCCUUCAUUAUCUCAUGUCUCGCAAAUCUUCGGAAAUAAAGUAUCAAGAGGUGAUGAGUCAGCUUGAUAAAUACAUUCUGUAUAAACAAUUGCCCAUCGAGACCCAAGAGCGUAUUCUUUAUUACUAUGAGUAUAAAUUUCAAAAAUUCCAAUUCAGAGAAGAGACCAUCCAAGAUUUCGUACCGGAAUCGCUUAACCGCGAAAUAAAUUACUACGCCUCCAGAAAACUGAUCGAAAACGUUUCGUUACUCCAGGAGUUUUCCCAAGACGUGGCCGGCAAAAUUCUGUCGUGUAUGAAAAUUGAAAUUUACUUGCCGAACGAUAUAAUAAUAAAUGCUGGAGCGCCGGGAGAAUGCAUGUACUUUUUGGGGAACGGAACAGUUGCGGUGUACACUCCCAGUGGCAAGGAAGUGUGCCAUUUGGAAGAAGGAUCUUAUUUUGGAGAGAUAGCCCUUGUUUUAAGGGAUCGAAGAAUCGCAACUGUUAUAGCGAUAGAAAUUUGCGAAGUGUACCGUCUGUCUAAGGAAGAUUUCCAAAAAUACAUUGCCAGCGAAGACCACCUACUCAGAAGGUUUACUAUCAUAGCCGAAAGACGGAUUAAGAAGACUUACGCGUUGGAAGAAAGGCACAAGCAGUACUUGCUGGACCAUUCUACUAAAUGGGAAGAAGGGUUUUGAUUUAUUCUAAAACCAACACCAUAUAUACAGGCUGUGACAUGAAAUAGGGUUGGGUGAAGCAGGAAGACAGGAGACAUCAAAGAUUAAACAAAAUAAAUUACCAAAUACCGCUCAAUAUACAUGGGGAUGUUUUGGUUAGUCCUUGAAAUCUUGCUAGCGCUAUUUUAGAGUAUUAGUUAAGUUGUUGUUCUUGUAAUCAGUUGUUGAAAGUUUUUCAAUAAAAAU